ACACACACGAAAACAUACCAAACAGAUGAGGCCAUAGGUUGCUUACAAGCCAUUAGACAAUUUUAUCACCACACUAUUGUCUUCUAGUUUCCCUCCCCCUAUAUAUAGCCCUGUCUCUAUAUACACUUUUUGCGGAGACACACACAAACCAUGGUUCAUUUGGUUUCUCUAUCCAAAGCCAUGAGCUCAAAGCUCUUCCUAACCACGUCAACAAUUCUUUUAUUAUCAAUCUUUCUCUCAUCAAUUGAUCAGAUUAAAAUUGUCUCUCAUUUGUUUCAAACCAAGAAGUUAUCUGCUAGUGACAAGCAUAUCAUUCCAAUUGUGGACGCAGUUGGGCCUGAGAGCUUUGCCUUUGACCCACACGGCGGAGGUCCAUACACCAGCAUAUUGGACGGCCGGAUUAUCAAGUGGCUACAAAAUGAACGGCGGUGGAUUGGUUUUGCUGUGACCUCUCUGCAUAGAAACUACAUCUCUGUGAUAGUUAGCGGCGACAAAACAAGAAGGCUAAUGAAAUAUGAUCCAAAAAGCAUGAAAACAACAGUUCUUCUUGAAAACCUCACAUUUCCAAACGGAAUAGCACUAAGCAAAGAUGGUGAUUUCAUUCUCGUUGUUGCAGACACCACUAAUUGCAAAAUCUUGAGAUUGUGGCUCAAAUCAUCAAAACCCGGACUAGUUGAAGAUUUUGCCCAUCUCCCGGGAUUUCUAGACAACAUUAGGAGGAACCUCAAGGGAAAGUUUUAGGUUGCAAUUUCAUGCGAAGAGAGGGAAGAUUUUGAAAUUGCUUCUGUCAUAUCAUUGGGUAGGAAAUAGUUUGAUUAAAUUUCCUUUUGACAUUACAAAAUUAUAUUCAUAUUUUCCAAAAUGGAGAGUGUGUGGAUUGGCAUUGAGGAUGGGGAAGUGUUGGAAAUGUUGGAAGAUAAAAGAAGAAAUGAAUGGAAAUUUGUUAGUGAAGUUGAAGAGAUAAAUGGAAGUUUGUGGAUUGGAUCUAUAAGGAUGCCUUUUCUAGGGAUACAAGAAAGAGUUCUAUGAAGAGAUGAAUUAUUUGUAUAAGGAGGAAGUAGAAAUCAAAACUCUACUAAUACCACGUAUAAGUUGAGAAA